CCCCCCCCCUUGUCCUCCGGUCCCCUCUUCCACGCUUUCUCCCACUUCGUUGGUCAGCUUUAGUCCCCUAGUAUCGCCCCCCCCCAGGCCUCCCCCGUCCGGCUAUUAAACACUACGCUCUAACCCGCCCGCUCUCCGCCCGCUCCCGUCUGUGGUACUUGACAUCCUCACUGUUUCUGUUCUGGUCGGUGUACUCAGGCCCUCGUGCAGACAGCCUUUACUUACAUUCCCUCCCCUUUCCGACAUCGGUUGGCCAUCAUCAAUGCCACUCCAGCCCUACAUCCCGUCAUUCUACUGCUGCUAAACAAUCAGGCGGUGAAGUCGCAUUCGAUCACCGGCAUCCGACCGCCACUGGGAUCAAGUAUGAGAACGUGCAGUACACUGCGUAUGCAAUGAGAUGAUGCAGACGGCCCUUCAUCAGCCUUUGGGCAUGACACUUCUAGCUGAUGCCGCUGCCUCAACUCUUACCGCUAUCAAAGGCUCCACUUCAUCGGCCUUCGCUUCGACCUCCCAGAUCCUCCCCCCUGAACCCGCGCGGACGGUAGUGACGGUCUACACGCCAGGACAGGAGGCUAUCGUUCAAGUCGUUGCAGAGAUCCUCGGCAAGCCAUGGACCACAGAAGCGUCGCUGUCCACCUUGGGCAGGGGUAGUACCGCGGUUGUUGUGGGGAUUUUGGCUACGGAGGAUUCAAUUCGGAGUCUGCAAGAUGACGACCACACGGCCUGCAUUCUGGUCAAUACCCAUUGUGUCGACGACGGUUCGUUUCCGGUCGAAGCGCUCAGCGACUGCUGCCAUUAUGAAUUCCUCUAUUCUCUCCGGAGUCCCUUCUUCCGCCGUGACCUCACCCGUUUCCUAUCGCUGAUACUGGGCCAAACAAGACCGCACGAGGACCUGAAGACCAAGAGUCGGACCAACUUCAUCUCGACUACGUUCCCGGACGUCCAUGCAGCUCUUCCCAACCUCGACAUCCUCUCCGUGGGAUCGGAUGCUGUCGAGAUCCGCGUCGAUCUACUGGUCGAUCCCUCUCCGCAGGGGAUGUCCAGCCCGGUCCCGAGCCUGCGCUAUGUGGGACAGCAGCUGAUUUUACUGCGGCAGCAUACGGAACUGCCGAUCAUCUUCACCACUCGGUGCACGAAGGAGAACGGCAAGUUUCCGAUGGAUGACCCGACGUUGUUCUACAAGUAUCUCCGUCGGGCCAUCCAAUGGGGGGUAGAAUAUAUCGAUGUCGAGCUCUGGCUACCCGAUGAUAUUCGGAAACGACUGUCCGAGGUCAAGGGAAAUAGCAUUAUCAUGUCUGCCUUUCACGAUUUCUCGGGGACGUGGAAGUGGACGUCUCCGGACGCGCCCCGGAUCUUUGCGGAGAGCGCCCAAUAUGCGGAUAUUGUCAAGAUGAUUGCCAUGGUCAAUACGAUCGAGGCCAACUACGAACUCGAGUACUUCCGGUCAACGGUCAAAGAAAGCCACGGCUCGUACCCGCUGCUAUCGGCCGUCAACAUGGGGCAGAUGGGCCAGCUGUCUCGUGCGCUCAACACCGUGUUUUCGCCCAUCACGCAUCCCCUGCUGCCGAUGAUCGCCGCGCCGGGGCAGCUGACCGCGGCCGAGAUCAACGAGGCCCUCCACAUCAUGGGGCAGCUUCCCAAGCGCGAUCUGUACGCGAUCGGGUCCUUCCGAUCGACUCCACAGUCGAUGUUUAUGGAGAAGUGCUUCAACGAGCUCAGCCUGCCGCAUACGUUGACCUCAAUCGACCGGGGGCCCACGGGGUCCAUUGAGCGGGUGAUUACACAACCGACCUUCGGAGGAGCGUCCGUCCACCCGCCGAUCACCAGCGGGACAGCAUGUAUCCCCGCCGUCAGCGAGGCCGCGCGGGCGAUCGGGCUGGUCGACACGAUUGUCGCGGUGCGCGGGCCGGCACCGCAGCCCCCGCUGAUGGGCGAGAACGCGACGUGGAAGGGGAUCCGGGCGACCCUGACGCGGGACUACGUACCGUCGGCGUACCUUGGACGGGCGGCCAUCAUCCUGGCGGGGAGCGAGAGCGAGGCGUCGGCGACGAUCUUCGCGUUGCGCAGCCUGGGGGUGGGCGCGAUCCACACGGUUGGAUUCCGGGCGCACGGGCCGUUGGCGGAAGGGCUGGAGCCGUUCACGUCGAUCCAGUCGGUGAAGAUGGUGGAGCAGCCGUUCGUGAUGGUGUCGGCGCUCCCGCCGGAGAAGUCGUUGCUGGUGCAGCCCUUGCUGCGGCAUUACCGCAGCAGCGGGCGUGCGUCGCCGCCGUCGACCCGGGGGAAGGUGUAUCUGGACCUGACGCGCGGCGAGCGCACAGGGGAUCCGGUGGGGGUCGCGGUGCGGGCCGGAUGGACGGCGUAUGGGAUCGAGGAUGUCGAUGCGUGGACGACGGUCGAGACGCUGCGACUGCUGGUGGGACAGAACGUGCCGUUUGAUUUUGUGCGCAUGGCGUCGGGACGGGUGUUUUGAUGGUGAUGAUGGUGAUGAUCAUGAUGUAUGGAUGGAGGGAUGGAUGUAUAGAACAAGUAAAUGGUCAAUGAAACUGUGACGACAUGA